GUAAGGGUAUUACUACAAUUUUCUGUUUUACAUAAAGUAUCCUUUAAUUAAUGAUCGUCUCUACAAAAACCCAUUUUUGUUAGGGUUUUUCCAUUUACACUAAAACCUCUCCAUUUGUAUCAUCUUCCAAUGGCGAUUUCUCGUUCCAUCCUACGCCGGCCGGCGAAAUCCUUUUCCUCACUGUUCACUCGUUCCUUCUCCUCUUCAUCUCCUCUCGCCAAUUCCCCAGCGGUUUCUCGAUCCGCGUCCUCGUUGCUGAACCGUUCUCGUUCUCUCGUUGCUGGAUUCUCAGCGUUGGUCCGUGCCGGUGUAUCUUCGGCUAGGUGUAUGUCUACGCAGGCUACUUCGUCUUCACUGAAUGAUCCGAACCCUAAUUGGUCGAAUAAGCCACCAAAGGAGACGAUUUUGCUCGAUGGUUGUGAUUUUGAGCAUUGGCUUGUUGUCAUGGAGAAACCUGAAGGAGAUCUCACUAGAGACGAGAUUAUUGAUUACUACAUCAAAACCCUAGCUCAAGUUGUUGGCAGUGAAGAGGAGGCAAGAAUGAAGAUUUACUCUGUGUCACACAAAUGCUACUUUGCUUUUGGAGCUCUUGUUUCAGAAGAUCUUUCAUAUAAGAUCAAAGAGUUGCCUAAGGUGAGAUGGGUUCUUCCUGAUUCCUACUUGGAUGUGAAAAGCAAAAACUAUGGAGGAGAACCUUUCAUUGAUGGAAAGGCUGUUCCUUAUGACCCAAAGUAUCAUGAAGAGUGGAUAAAAAACAAUGAUAGCAGCAACUCACGCACUCGCAGGCCUCGCACCUUGUCUGGAACCAGGAAGUUUGAGAGGAGAAGAGAGAACGUUAGGGGAAACCAAGACACGGGUGACAGAGGUCCACCACCAAACCAGGGUUUGGGAGGUGCACCACCUCCACCGCCUCACAUAGGCAACAACCCAAACAUGCCGCCUCAUAUGCCACCACCUACCAUGAACCAGAACUACAGAGGUCCUCCACCACCAAACAUGGGUCAGAACUAUCAGGGACCACCACCACCGAACAUGAACCAGAACUAUCAGGGACCUCCACCACCAAACAUGGGUCAGAAUUACCAGGGACCACUACCACCAAACAUGAACCAGCAGAACUACCAGGAACCUCCACCACCAAACAUGAACCAGAGCUAUCAGGGACCUCCACCGUCUAACAUGGGCCAGAACUACAGAGGACCUUCACCGCCGCCACCAAACAUGAGUCAGAAUUACCAGGGACCACCACCACCGAACAUGAACGGAGGAUGGUCUGGAAACUACCAGCAGAAUGGUGGAUACCAACAAGGUCAGGGUGGUGGAAUGCAGCAACAGCCUUACCCACCCAAUAGGGUCCAGUAGUUGAACCGUCUUGGGUUUUCAUGUAUAGGAGCCUUUCAAUAUGGAGCUGAUACUAUCGUGGUCAGUGUUUUCAGUUUGUCACUCUGCUUUGUGAGAGAGAGAUUGAGAGUUAGUCUAAUAAGUUCUGCAUGAGUUAAUGUAGCAGUACUCAAUCUAUUUAAUAAUAAUUGGUUUAUUUAUUAUA